AUGCCACCAUAUGACUGCGCUAUACCUCCUUCGCAUCCUGAUUUUAGCAGAGAAAAUGUGAGCGAUAGCGAAUUCAUUGCGCUUUUGUUAUGCCAGAUCAAAGAACUCGAAGCUGAGAAUUUCAAGAAGGACAAGAGAAUAUCUGAGCUUCUUCACUGCCUAGGUGAGGGUUCCCCUGAGGAUGCAUCAGUGGCGUAUGCUCCCCAGGAUGACAUACCUCAGAGGUCAGCACGUAGGAGGCAGCAAUUCGAGGAAAACGAGAGGGCACGCUCCAGCAAGGAGCUAAGUAAAAACGAAAUUCCAGAAAGUGAACCUAAUCCGGAUACAUACGCUAAGAGCGUUCCUUUAUCUCAUAAUUUCAAGAGCGGGCUAUCUUUGGCAGCCAAGAGAAGUACCUCUCCAGUCUUCGAUCCCGAAAGGGAGGGAACCGUGGUCCAAACCAACACCUCGGUAGCCAUGCAAGCAAAUCUGCUUGAGAGUUCAGAGAAAGCUAAAACUGAUCAGGGGUCCUCCAAACGCACCAAUAAUUCUCAAAGAGUCUUUUCAACAACAUCGGAGAAUGCAAACGAUCUGUUAAUCGAUGACUCGGAGGCCAAUAGGAGCGUACUGCGAACUAGUAAGAAUGCUUACAAUCCUAGAAUACGGCUUCCGCAUACAAUGACUAAUCAAGAAAGAACAACAAAAGUAGUCUCAUCAAGCGAGAGCGUAUCUACGCCGAAUGCGACGGAAGAAAAGAGAUCUCUCCUUGGCGGCCAUUCAGGUGACAUUUUCCGUGCCUCGAAGAAAGAAGCCAACGAGCCAAGUGUUCUGCCUCAAAUGGACAUAGAUGACGUGAAUGAUUCUUUGGCGGAGUUUAAACUGAAUGCGUUAAUGGGCUUUCCGGAAUCACCCUCGUCGAAACCAACUAAAACUACUCAAGGCUCCAGCUUUCAGAUUUUAGGCUCACCAAUUCCGGAAGACGAUGUUACUCUCUUGGUUAAACCAGAAGACUUCCCGACAAUAAAAAUUGAAGUAGUGAGUACCUUAAAUAAUUUUUCAAAGAAGGGUGAUGACUUCAAUUGCACACUAGCGGUUGUCGACAGGGAGUCAGAUAAAGCCAUGUGGAGAGUAGGAAAAUCAUUCGGGCAGAUUUCCUCAUUUGACAACGAAAUAAGACCAGUGCUCGGCCAUUUCGGCUUGCCUUCUUUACCAGACAAGAGUCUUUUCUCGUCCACUAUCCCAGCAAAAGUCGACGCCAGGAAGUUAUCCGUUCAGCACUAUUUUGACGCCUUGUUUCUUCUUCCACAUAUUCCACAUAUGCUUCUCUACAAAAUCUGUCGAUUUAUCUCUCUUGAUUUGAUAAACCCACUUGAUGAUUUCAGAAGUGGGGCAAAACUUGAAGGAUUCUUGAUAAGAAGAUAUAAAGGCCUUGGAACAACAUGGAAGGUUCGAUGGUGUCAAGUCGAUGGGCCCUCACUAGAAAUGUACGAGUUUCCUGGCGGAUCUAUGCUAGAGCAAAUUCGUCUCCAAGGAUCACAAAUUGGGCGUCAAUCUACUGACAAUAUUGCUGAAGAAAAAGGCUAUAGACAUGCUUUUCUUAUUCUCGAAAGUCCGAGAAAUAAAAUGUCCAGCUCUGCUCAGAAGCAUUUUUUUUGUGCUGAAUCCGAUAAGGAGCGUGAUGAAUGGGUAAAUGCUAUGGUGGAGUACACGGAUAAUGAUCCAAAUACGAGUCAGAAAAGAUACAACGAGCUCACGGAACACAGGCAUGCUGCUAAAAAUGAGUCAGCCUUGGCACCAAAGGAUGAAGACUUGCCGAAGGAUAGCAAGGAGAUGAAGAAGUUGCGGAAAAGAAGUCUCUUCCCUUUCCGGUAUCGAGCCCAACAAACAGAUACUGAUGUUGAGCUUGCGGGAUCAUUCGAUGAGGAAUUAGCUUCUGAAAGCUAUCUUGAUACACACUUGGCGUCAAUGAAUCUCAAUUCGGGCCAGAUGAAACCUGUUUUUGGAAUUGAUGUGUUCGAGGCAGUAUCACUCUCAUCGAAGACUCUUAAGGGACGGACAAUACCCAGCGUUUGCUAUCGCUGCCUUGAUUUUUUAUUCAAGACUGGUGCGAUAUACGAAGAAGGCAUCUUUCGAUUAAGCGGAUCCGCAUCUACCAUCCGGUCUCUCAAAGAUCAGUUCAACAGAGAGCACGACAUCAUCUUGUUUGAUCACCCGCUUAAGCCAGACAUCCAUACCGUGGCAGGACUAUUCAAAACUUUUUUGAGAGAGCUACCUUAUAGCAUAUUUGGGGACCUCGCCUACAACGAAUUGCAACGAAUGGUCUCCUACUUUGAGGAGCAUAAACCAAAAUCUGAGCUUGUUUUGAAAAUUCGAGAUUUUGUCAAUGACGUGAACAAGGUGAAGAGGGUUCACUUUGACUUUUGCUGCACAGUUUUCGGACUACUACAUGAUGUGGUAUCACAAUCAUCAACUAAUUUGAUGAGUCUCAAGAAUGUUUGCAUUGUAUUUGUCCCAACCCUUCGAAUAUCCUUAAACAUUUUGAGCCUUUGCAUCACCGACUUUGAAUGCAUAUUCUUGAGAGGAGCCCCCAUUGAUGAUGAAGCAAGAGAAAUUUUAGAUCUACAAAUUCCGACCUUUUAG